GGUGCUGACCGCCUACCACUCGUACGCUCGCUCCCAGCCGCCCAGCUCCGAGCCACGCUGCGCGCCCAGGGCCACCGCCAGCCACCCGGGCAGCAGAAUCACUACUUCACAUCUGUCAGCAAAGCACUGGCCUAACUUUGCAGCUUAAGCAGGGGUCAGAACAUCUGGAUCCAUCUGCUGAUAUGUUUUUAGUUAAGAUGUUUUUUCUGAAAAACUAUCCUGACCAGAUACUCUUAAAGAAAAAUUUAAGAAAAUUUUCCUAACUAUGCCAGCAUCUGAAAAGGGAAAAUCUAUUUCUCGCUGCCGAAGAAUUAACAGGAUGCUCUCCAAUGAAUCUCUACAUUCUCCUGCAUUUAGCCGCUCCAACUCACAAGCCUCCAUAGACAGCACCUCCAUGGAGGAUUUCUUGCGGGAAAUAGAAAGCAUUAAAGAGAACAGCAUAGGCAGCGUGGGAGGACAGGAAGAGCAGAUACCAGCUGAGGUCAAACCUGUGGAUGAAGGAGAACUUGAAGCAGAGUGGUUGCAAGACGUGGGUUUAUCAACCCUGAUCUCGGGUGAUGAAGAGGAGGAUGGCAAAGCCUUGCUCUCUACGCUGACUCGAACCCAAGCAGCUGCAGUGAAAAAGAGAUAUAACACUUACACUCAAACCAUGAGAAAAAAGAACAAGCAAUCUGUUCGGGAUGUCAGAGACAUCUUUGGAGUCAGCGAAUCUCCUCCAGGUGAUACCUGUGACAACCAUCCUGCUCAGUUGGAUGGAACCCAGGAGGAAAAAGAGCUGCCAGGAGUUAUCAAAACAAGUGGUUCCUUGCCAGAUGAUGCUUCCCUCAACAGUACCACCCUGUCAGAUGGUUCCCAAGAUGAAGAAGGGAGUUUUGCAGUUCCUAGGAGUGGCCCUGUGUCUAUACUUGAGACUAUUCCAGCUCUACCAGUUCAUUCCAACGGAUCUCCAGACCCUGGACAGUCAGUUCAGAGUGCAAUGAGUGAUGAUGAUUAUGUGAAAAAAAAUAUUCCACCAGAAACUGAAGAGCUGUCCUUUGAAGUAUCUUAUUCAGAAAUGGUUACAGAGGCUCCAAAAAGAAGUAAAUUUAAGAAGUCAAAUUUUAAGAAAGAGGACUAUGCUUUAACUAAAUUUAUUGUCCAGAAAACCAGAUUUGGCCUAACCGAAGCAGGAGAUCUGUCUGCUGAAGACAUGAAGAAAAUCCGCCAUCUCUCUCUCAUUGAACUGACUGCCUUUUUUGAUGCCUUUGGAAUCCAGUUGAAAAGAAACAAAACUGAGAAAGUAAAAGGACGAGACAAUGGUAUUUUUGGCGUUCCACUUACAGUCCUAUUGGACAGUGACCGAAAGAAAGACCCUGGAGUGAAGGUCCCCCUGGUGUUACAAAAAUUUUUUGAGAAAGUUGAGGAAUCGGGCCUGGAAUCUGAAGGAAUUUUUCGACUUUCAGGAUGCACUGCCAAAGUCAAGCAAUACCGUGAAGAACUGGAUGCCAAGUUUAAUGCUGAUAAAUUUAAAUGGGACAGAAUGUGCCAUAGAGAAGCUGCAGUAAUGUUGAAGGCAUUUUUCAGAGAACUACCCACCUCUCUUUUCCCUGUGGAAUAUAUACCUGCCUUCAUCACUCUCAUGGAAAGAGGGCCUCACAUCAAAGUACAGUUUCAAGCUUUACAUCUCAUGGUCAUGGCACUGCCCGAUGCCAACAGGGACACAGCCCAGGCCCUCAUGACAUUCUUCAAUAAAGUGAUUGCCAACGAAUCAAAAAACCGAAUGAGUAUAUGGAACAUUUCUACUAUAAUGGCACCAAACCUUUUCUUCAGUCGAAGCAAACAUUCUGAUUAUGAAGAAUUACAGUUAGCAAAUACUGCAGCCCACAUCAUCCGCCUAAUGCUUAAAUACCAGAAAAUUCUGUGGAAGGUUCCAUCUUUCUUAAUCACGCAAGUCAGAAGAAUGAACGAGGCUACCAUGUUGUUAAAGAAGCAGCUCCCAAGUGUCAAAAAGCUGCUGAGGAGGAAGACCAUAGAACGAGAGGUUAUAAGCCCCAAGACUUCAAAGGUACUGCAAAAAUCACCCUCUUCGAGAAGAAUGUCUGACGUGCCGGAAGGAGUCAUAAGGGUCCAUGCUCCACUUCUCUCUAAGGUGUCCAUGGCCAUUCAGCUCACUAGUCACACCAAGGCCAAAGACAUACUGGCAAAAUUUCAAUAUGAGAACAGUCAUGGUUCAUCAGAAUGCAUUAAGAUUCAGAAUCAACGGUUAUAUGAAAUUGGAGGAAAUAUAGGGCAGCAUUGCUUGGAUCCAGACGCUUAUGUAUUGGAUGUAUAUCAUGUAAAUCCUCAAGCAGAGUGGGUGAUUAAACCCCAACCAAGUUUUUGAAAUAAUCCCCAAGAUGGCAGCUAUCAUGUAUUAUAUGCCAAGAAGAUUCUACAUUUGGUAGGGAAAAUAACAAGACUGUUUUUGACAUGUUUGUUCCAAUAACCCUCUUGGUGUUUCUCAGCCCAAGUGGUGUCUCCCAGCAUUGUCAACAUGAACUGUGGAGGAGGAGCUGGUUUACUGAGCUGAGGCAUUCUCCUAUGGUUCCUUGAUAAUGGUGAAGGAAAGACGCUGUGAUUGUUCCAGAAGAAAGGCCAAUCUAGCAUAUGGAACUCUAAUCAUUUCUAGUACUUUGACUUCACAGCAGAAAUGAACUUCGUCUUAUACCUAACGAUAAAAAACACUCCUUUUUGUAGCAGAUGCUACCAAACACAAGAGAUGGAAGAGAGUCUUUUUUAUACUUAUCUUAUAUACAUAUGUUGACCUUUCUGAACAAUGCCAGAAAUAUCAAUAAUAUCUGCUCUGCAAAAUAAUUCAGAUCUGCUUUUCAAAGGGAAUCAGUUUCUAAAGUUAUGCAUACAAUAUUGUUGCUCUGACUUGCUCCCAAAUUGGAGGAGGAUGAACUUCUGUUGAAAGAACACUGUAUUGUUAAGUAUGUUGUACUGUAUUAUGACUGUCCGCAUCUGGUGCAAGUGAACAUUUCUCUCUUGUAGAUUAUUGAAAAUUGAUAUUUAUAAAGCUUAUUCUCUUAGGAGCACAGGUUCCAUAGCAAAUGACAGAGGGUGUUCUUAUGCUUUCAUAACCUUCUGUGUAGUUAAUAGUCACAGAACCUCUAUCUUUUCAACAUGAUUAUGGUGCUCAAUGAAAAACUUUCUCUGUGCCAGGCACAGAUUUCUUUUCCUGAUCAAACAUAUCAUUUUUUAAUAUUUUACAACUAUAGAUAGUCACUUCUAUAGCCCCAAUUUAAAAAUAUAGAAUUGUCUUUAUCCAGCUACUCUUCAUCCAAAAGUACUGAAAAAUACUGUUAUAUCCAGAUUUUAUAUGCUGUAAAAGCAAAUUAUUUCUGUUCAUCAAUCAUAGACAUGGCCAAGCACUAUGGAUUAGCCUCAGGCUUUAAAAUCAGAUGCAUAUUUGGUAAGCUGGAAACUAUUCUUGCUAUGAAGAUCCUGCAGAGCCAUUUUCCAGACCUGCAGUUGAUGAGAACACACUGUUCUCCACAAUCUAAUGGAGAGCAAAUCUGCCAUGUGCUGAGCGGUCAGACAGCUCUGCCUUUCAUCUUGAGAUUGCAGAUACAGUUCUAGGGUUAGCUAGAAAUGGGGACAGAGGUCUCAUUUAUCCUACAUGUGUGCUUUGGAUUAGAAUCCACAGAUUGAUAUUUCAUUGAAUUUAUAAUAAUUUUAAUGAGAUUUAAUGUCCAGAUGACUCUUUUGCAGUUCGAACAAUAAAGUUACAGAUACAGAAAACAUUUUACCAAUGCUUUGGAAACCAAAUGUUUUUACCGAUGUUUCUACUUAACAGUUCUCAAAACAUGAUGUGAUAAUAAUUUAAGCCCACAUAUAGAAGAAAUCUUUUUUUUUUCUUUUUUUUUUUAAAGUAGGCUCCACACCCAGCAUGGAGCCCAACGCGGGACUUGAACUCAUGACCCUGAGAUCAAGACCUGAGCCAAAAUCAAGAGUCGGAUACUUAACCGACUGAGCAACCUAGGUACCCCUAAAAGAAAUCUUUUAUAUGCAGCAUUAUUAUGCCUAGAUAUCUCUAAAAACAUUAUUUAUAUUCAACAUGUAGAUAAUUAUGUUUCUGGCCACUAGGGUUUUGUUAUAUUUUUUAUAAAAAAGUCAAAUAUCUAUUCAUUUUAUUUGUUUGAGAAUUUUUAUUUCCUGUGCCUGAAAAUCCAUUAGAAGAUAAACAUGUAUCCUGUAGGUUUUUAUUUAUUCCUACAUUUCAUCAUUUUUCAAUGUUUGGUUAAUUGAUGGCAUGUGAGUUUACAUAAUGCAUUUCAAGAGUCUGAAAAAAUGCUUUUAUUGUUUUUGAAAUUCAGACAACAGGAGGAAACAUUUUACUUUGUGCAGUUGCUAACUUCCAGGGCAUAAGAUGGAAGUAAUUUAUACCCACACACGGAAGAAAUUCUUCGAAUUAGCUAUCUUAUAUUUCUCUGUAUUACAUGAAAACGGGGACUGAUUUUUCUCAUUGUGUUUCCUAUAGUUUCAAAUAGUUAAAUUCUAUUGUAGAAGAUUUUUUUUUAUAGAAGAUUUACAGAUCUAAUUUUUUAUUUGAGAGUUUUCCCAUCUUUGGACUGAAAACACAUUAGAACCUAUAUAUAAGUUCUAAAGGUUUUAAGAUCUACUCCACUUGUCAUUAGUUUUAAAUAAGUGGCUGACAGAUGACAGGUGAACAACUGUUUCUGAAUUUCUUACUUUUGUGUGGUGUCAGAUGUCGAAGACUUAGCUGACUCAAUAGCUUUAAAUUAAUCACUUGAAUGUAUUUAAGUGUGUGUGACAACUUUCAAAUAACUGUAAUAUGGAAGGCCAUGUCAAUACCAAGAUCUUUGGAUAUAACUUUUAUUCUUUGUCACAGGAUUAACUAAGUGAUUAGAGGAGAAUUUCAGUAGACACAGAGACUAAUUUUUGUAUGAGUAGAGGUUCUUUUUACUAAUUUUAUUCUUAAAGAACAAACCCCUACAAUUACAAUUCAAAAAUGUCUGUCAAAUAAUUAUUGAAACUAUCUUUGCUUUAUCAAAAGUUAUUUUAAAAUAGUUACAGUAGUCUGUAAAAAUGAGUAGUAUAUUUGCAAACAAAAGAAGAGUCAGAUCCUGGGCUUUCUAGAUUCAGUUCUUACUUGUUUCCCACCCACCUCCUCCCAAGUGCUCUUGGUGUACAGUCAGGAAAAUAAUAUCCAGGAAGGUAUUAGAGAAAGUUAACAUUUUAGUGACACUUAUUCAGAAAAAACCCUAGAGCUGGCUCAUUGUUUUCUCCAUUUUGUGAAAGAGGAUCCCUUUGUUAAGCAGCUAAUUGGGGGAUAUGAUUCUUAGAGCCAGUGAUCUUCAAAUAAACUGGAAUAUUAAUUUCGUUACAAUGUGUACACAGUAUAAACUACCUCACUUGCCUUUCUUAGGAAAAAAAUUAAUGGACUUUAACAGUUUUUGUUACAAACUGUCCCUGAGUCAUCUUAUUUAAGUCACUUCAGUUAGCUUUCAGUGUACAUUUAAUAAUAUACAUUUAAUGAUGUAAAAUAUUUUUAGUGCAAGCUUUAAAGCCAAAAAUACUCUGUAACUGUGACCUGUGGUAUACUCUGAGAGAAUUCAUGUCCCUUAGUCACUGUCUUGUGUGUUUCACCAUUGUUGCAAUGCAGGUUUUCAAGUGUGGGAAUUAAUAGUCAUCUCUUCUUUCAGGCAUUUUUCAACUGCUUUCCCCAUAUUGCACUUGACUGAAAAGUUAACAUGAGAUUAAAACAUCCCUUCUUUCUUUCAAUCAUAUUUCAGCUGUUUUUCACAAAUGUUUUAUAUGCCUGAAAAGAAUAUGUAUUAUGGGAUUAAAUAGUUCCUAGUUUCUGACAGACAUUUUCAACUGUUUUCCAUAAAUAUGUCAUUUAAAAAAAAUAAUAUGACAUAGAUUAAAAUGUUUCUUUCAAACAUUUUGAAUAGUUUUACACAUACACAUACCUUAAUUUAAAAACAACAUCUUUUCUUUCAGUCAUUUUCCAACUAUUUUCUGAAACAAUGUGAUCUGAUUAGAAAUUUAAUGACACAAGAAAUGCCAAUGUUUUAUGUUGUCUCCCAUCUCAAAAGUUAAUAUUCUUUCGUCCCACCUUUCAUUGUUAAGUAUAAUAUGUAUGUUGCAUUUUAUCCAUAAAAAUAAAGAGAAA